UUUGAUAAGACACUCCAGCAGUUCAUGGCAAACGAAGACAGUCUGCACGGCGAGGACUCCAGCAAACGAAUGGAGGUUUUUUCAGUGUCGGUGCAAGAAAUCUGACUUUUAACACUGGUGCUAUAACCCAGCAUAAUGUGGGGCCAACGACUGGAGAGAUUUGUUGCUUUUUGGACAUUAGUUUUCUUAAGGAUAGUUGCUGGGCUUGCUGGAGAGGGAAGAUCUGUGUGGAAAAAGGACCCACGCUUCAGCCCCGUGAGUGAAACACAGAUGUUUUUGUAUGACACAUUCCCCAAAGAAUUUCUCUGGGGUGUAGGGAUGGGGGCUUUCCAGGUGGAAGGCAGCCGGAGGAAGGACAGGAAGGGAGCCUCGAUCUGGGACAGCUUCAUCCACUCGGAGUUCAGGGAUGCUGACAGCACAGAUGCCUCCAGUGACAGUUACACCUUGUUGGACAAAGAUUUGUCUGCUCUGGAUUUUUUGGGAGUUACUUUUUACCAGUUUUCAAUUUCAUGGUCAAGGCUUUUUCCUACUGGAGCGGUAACAGCUCCCAAUGAAAAAGGAGUCCGGUAUUAUAACACCCUCAUUGACUCUCUACUCUACAGAAAUAUUGACCCUGUGGUUACGCUGUACCACUGGGACCUGCCCUUGAUGCUGCAAGAAAAAUAUGGGGGAUGGAAAAAUGAAUCAGUAAUUGAUAUCUUCAAUGACUAUGCCACCUUUUGCUUCCAGACCUUUGGGGAUCGUGUUAAGUACUGGAUUACAAUCCACAAUCCAUAUUUAAUUGCUUGGCAUGGGUAUGGCACAGGUAUUCAUGCUCCUGGAGAGAGAGGGAGAAUAACAACCGUCUACUCUGUAGGACACAAUUUGAUCAAGGCUCAUGCAAAAGUUUGGCAUAACUACAAAAAACGCUUUCAACCGUAUCAGAAGGGGAUGAUGUCCAUAGUAUUGGGAUCCCACUGGAUCGAGCCUAACAAAUCAGAAGAUGCUUUGGACAUUUCUAAAUGCCAGCAGUCUAUGGAUAGAGUACUCGGGUGGUUUGCUAAACCCAUCCACGGGGAUGGUGAUUAUCCAGAAGAACUGAAAAAUGAAUUAUCAUUUUUGCCACGCUUUACUGAGGAUGAGAAAAACUACAUAAAGGGAACAGCUGACUUCUUUGCAUUUUCCUUUGGUCCUAAUAACUUUAAACCUCCAAACACUCUACCAAAAAUGGGACAAAAUUUGUCACUCAAUUUGAGGGAAGUACUGAACUGGAUUAAACUGGAAUACAACAGUCCUCGAAUCUUGAUUGCAGAGAAUGGCUGGUUCACUGACAGCCAUGUGAAAACAGAUGACACCACAGCCAUCUACAUGAUGAAAAACUUCAUUAAUAAAGUUUUACAAGCUAUUAAAUACGACGACAUAGAUGUGUUUGGUUACACAGCCUGGUCACUCCUUGAUGGCUUUGAAUGGCAACAUGCUUACAACAUCAGGCGCGGAUUAUUUUAUGUAGAUUUCAAAAGCGAAAAAAAGGAAAGGAUUCCCAAGUCAUCUGCACUUUAUUAUAAACAAAUCAUACAAGAAAAUGGCUUCUUCCCAAGGGAGUCUACCCCAAGUUUGCAAGCUCAGUUCUCCUGUGACUUCUCCUGGGGUAUCACUGAGUCUGUUCUCAAGGCAGAAUCCGUGGCUUCUUCACCGCAGUUCUGUGAUUCCAGCCUGUACCUCUGGAACAUCACGGGAGACGGUCUCCUGCACAAAGUUAAAGGGGUGAAGCUAAAAACCCGACCAGCACAGUGCACGGAUUUCAUCAGCAUUAAAAAGCAACUUGACCUCCUGGAAAAAAUGAAAGUCACCCAUUACAGAUUUGCACUUGACUGGUCACUAAUUUUACCCAAUGGAGAUUUGUCUGUGGUCAACAGGCAAGUUCUUAGAUACUACAGAUGCGUGAUUAGUGAAGUACUGAAACUCAACGUUCAGUCCAUGGUCACGUUAUAUUAUCCAACUCACGCCUACCUGGGCCUGCCAGCUCCUUUGCUGCAGACAGGAGGAUGGUUGAACCGGUCUACUGCCUACGCUUUUCAAGACUAUGCCGCUUUAUGUUUUCAGGAACUUGGUGAUUUGGUUAAACUUUGGAUUACAAUCAAUGAGCCUAACCGGCUAAGCGAUGUCUACAAUAGGAGCAGCAAUGAUACAUACCGGGCAGCACACAAUUUACUGAUAGCACAUGCCAUGGCCUGGAAAAUAUACGAUGAGCAGUACCGAUCCUUUCAGCAUGGCAAAGUGUCCCUGUCCCUGCAUUCGGACUGGGCCGAGCCUGCCAACCCCUACUUUGAAUCUCAUUCAAAAGCUGCCGACAGGUUUCUUCAGUUUGAAAUAGGCUGGUUUGCCGAUCCCAUAUUUAAGACUGGGGACUAUCCAGCUACCAUGAGGGAAUACAUCAGCUUUAAAAACAGAAAAGGCCUCUCGUACUCUUCAUUGCCAUCUUUCACAAUCGAGGAAAUGCAGCUCAUCAAAGGUGCAGCUGACUUUUACGCACUGAAUCAUUUCACCACCAGAUUUGUGAUUCACGAACCUCAGAACGGGAGCCAGUAUGAAUUUGAUCGUGACAUCCAAUUUCUGCAGGAUAUCACCUGCCUGAGCUCCCCUUCGCGUCUGGCAGUGGUGCCUUGGGGAGUGCGCAAAGUUCUCAAGUGGAUUAAAAAAACCUAUGGCGACAUCGAUAUUUACAUCACAGCAAACGGAAUUGAUGACCAGUCCUUAGACAAUGAUGAACUUAGAAAUUAUUACUUGGGAAAAUACAUACAAGAGGUUUUAAAAGCAUACUACAUCGAUAAAGUCAAGAUUAAAGGCUACUAUGCAUUUAAGCUGACUGAAGAAAAAUCUAAGCCCAGAUUUGGAUUCUUUACUUCAGAUUCAAAAGGAAAGCCUUCAAUAAAAUUUUACAAUAACCUGAUAAGCAACAACGGCUUUCCUGCUGACUAUUCGGUCUGCGAUCCCCGCAACCAAGAAAAGCCGUGUAGCUUCUGCUUGUUCAUUUCCCAGAAGAAGCCCUUAAUCUUCUUUGCCUGCUGCCUUUUCUCUACCCUUAUUUUGCUUUUAACCAUUAUUGUUUUUCACAAAAGAAAAAGAAGAAAACGUUUUAAGGCAAAAGCCAUCCAGCGCAUCUGUGUUUCAUUUUAAAGAGGGGGCACAAGCCCACUGUCAGUGAGAUCCAUCACUGUUUGCAUUCUGCAGAGGAUGGCGCAGAUCAGACAACUGUGGAAAAGCACUACGUGAGUCACUCCAGUAACACACCCCAAGCAUUUUGUUGGAAAACGGAAAGUAACUGUAUGCACAGGAAGGAGAGCUAUGAUGACAUUCCUUUCUGGUGAAAUUACUUUUAUCCACCUUCUGUAUGUAGAAGUAAAAUUCAUCUAUUUAAGAGAAAAAAAAGAAAAAAAGACAAUUUUACAACUCUCCUGUGCCUUGGAAUAACCUUUCAAACAGUUUGACUUGUAAAGAGAUAUUAAGCUGUGAGAACCGAUAUGCACUUUUCUAUGAACCUCCUUGGACCAAAGCGUCUUGCGAUGUAUAUUCAUGUUAUGAAUGUUGUUCAGCAUUACUGCAAGUUGUUAGGGUUUACAAAUAAAAGUGUUGUUAAAACCCACAAGCUUCCAAUGAAGUACACCAAGAAUGAAAUGUGCCGGGCCAGCUUCUGAAGGCUCCGCUACAAGAAUAAAUCCAAGUUAACUCCAUUAUCGACCAACAUACCCAUAUCUCUUACAUAUCGGGUGAACUAUAGAUCAGAUGUUAACAUUUUAAGCAAAUGUAACUGGACCUACAGGAGACAAGUCAAAAUAAUAUAAAAUCCACUAUUUUUCAUCUCCAAAAAUGGGGCAGCAUAAAAAUUUUUACUAGCAGAGAGCACCAAAAUAAACAGUAACUAUUAAUCUACGCAAGAGAGUGAUGAACGUAAUUCUAAAUUGCACUUUUUCACAGAAAUAAAUAUAUGUUUUCCUCUUAGCUCUGUUCAAGUGCCAGUGCAAGCCAUGGGUGGGAUACAACCAUGAAAGGAGUUUAUUUUUAUUGCUGCAUUACACAAAAGCUACCAACCCAGGCAUAGUGCUCUUAGAGAAUCAAUGAACCUUCUAAUCUCAUUUAAACUUUUCUGGGACCAAACCCAGAGGUUUCCCUUGGUCUGGUUUGGCAAUCUCAAAAGGAGCCCAAUGUUUUUCCGUGAACUGUACCAUAAUUUAAAAUUCACAUUGGCCAGCCUUUUCAGUCAUUGCAUCAAACUGCACGCUCAGAUCAUCGCUGCCCAGGCAGGUACCGCGCACUUCUGGAGGGGGAUAGGGAAGGUGCUCUAAAAACUGAAAGGACAAAAAGACAAAACGAGGCCUCAGUUAAAUGCCUUCCUCCACUUUACAACCUUAUUUUCCAGCGGCUAGUACCAUUUUCAAGACAGAGGGAACCCCCCAACCUGUUCCAACUAGAAGCUAGUUACCUCAGCCUAACACCCCCAGAACAGAUAAGCACACGUUAUCAAUACCCUGGUGCUUCUGAAGAGAUGAGGCACAUAAACACAUUGCCUUUUCCAACUGCAUCUGAACACACAAGAUGGCAUCAAGCACAAGGUAAACAGUAAUGUAUCAUGAUAAUUAAACAAGAACAGAAAGUAUCACAGCCACUUACAGACUACGAGAAACUUUGUGUAAGUGCUACUUCAAGGCUACGUGCAAUCAGCUGAAUGCCACACUCCCCAAAACUUGACCCAACCUUGAGUCUCAGUUCAUAAAUGCAUGAGACUAUUUCUCCAUUACAUUUCAAGCAUUGGUCAACAUCACAGAAGGCUCAUUAAUUCAGAAGGUAAGUACCAGUGAAAUGAGGAGGGACCCUGGCCCAUUUGACACUCUACAUGUUCUACCAGCUCACCAAACAGCGCAAGCGUCAGAGGUGCAUGCAUCCUCCCACCACCCAAGGACACUGGCUAGUUACCACUCACACAACCAGGGAGUCAGACUGAAACAUACUACAGGGAAACUCAAUUCCGUGUGCAUUGUGGGAACACAGAUGAGUCCUUUAGUUGCACAAUUCAAACGGCACAUGAACCCAUCUCAAAAAUGUUAAGCCAGGUACAAAGCACACACCUGCAAAACUUAGUACCUCUGCUUUCCCAGGCACAGCGGCAUCAGUUCCACACACUGCUGCCAACUCAGCAGAAUCAUACAAGCAGGUGCUUUGGGCAAUUUGCUGCAUUUCUUAGGCAUGCAGAUGCUUUCCUUGGUAUGUUGCUACACAGCAAGAUUAGUAACCCAGGAAAAACAGAGCUACAUCCCCAGGGGACACAAACCACAGUUGGUAAAACUCAGCAGUAAACUCUGCCUGAACCAUGAGGCCAAGCCCUUCGUUUUCUUAAUUCAGCAAUAUAGCUAAAGCAUUGUAUUUUCAGAGGACUGCUUCCAUCUCUUUUAGUUUAAACGGUCUUCUAAAUCUGGCUCCACCAAUUCCAGUUUUGUUUUUAAUCUAAUCUGAAUUCCCUUCCAGAAGUUGUACACAGAAAUCCGGUUUUGCAGUUCGAGGUUCUGAAAUGAUGUGAAAGAACACUCAACUCCUUUCUGUGAGAACAACACUUUUGCUAUUUCUUAAUGCUAUCAUUUAAAACUAGCACUUCAUGGCUUUACACGCUGGGACCAUACCCCACCAGCACAAGGUUUCCAAACCAUCAGACUUCGUUCAGUCUGAAUGCUCUCAGAGACUGCUAAGCGAUGUGUACACAGCACUAAUCGUGUCUUGCAUCACCCUGUGACAAUCUGCUUCUCCAAAAGUCAAAGAUCUUGAACCGGUUUGGGCAAUCAUUGUUCAGUUCUUAAAAAAAAAAAGAGGCCAAGAUAUGAAAUAUGCUUUAUUUUAUCUCUCACGGUGUUUGGGUUUUGUAUCAGAUCCUUCAAGAUGGUACUUGCUGAUACAAUGUCUCAUGGUGGCUUGUGUCAGGAUCCAGACAACUGUAAAUAAAAAGUUAAGAGCUUUUAGAAAGGUUUUAGCACUGCAAAUAUGAAACUGGAAGUUUAUAGACCUAUGACAAGUUAAUUUAUCUGACACUUUUAAUGCAAGACAGGCAUUAAUAGAUGAAAGGAUUUGCUUAAUUUUAUUCAGACAAGAUUACUUAAAGAUGCCUUCAAAUGCAACAGCUCACAACUGUGUAACAAGCUGGUAACAAGUUGUUCCGUCCCUCACGGAACUCAGAACAGCACUAAAAGUAAUUUUUUCAGUAGCUUCCAAGUGUCUGGUACCUUGCUGGUGAUAAAUUUUAAUUUAUGAAACUUGCUUCAUCUGCAUCCUGUCUCAAGCUGAGGUUCAGAAGGCACACAACAUUUACUUUAUUUGCCAGUCAGCCUGUCUCAUCCUGCACCGUGUGUGGAACCAUACGUAGCUUAAAUGCAUCAAAUUCCUUUAGCAGUUAACAUUCUGAAAUUAUCCCAAAAUCCCUGUACUCAAUGUCAGUAACAAAUGUACAUACACAGUGUAAAGAGUUGUCCUUGUUGAACUGGCUUUCCUUUACAAGAAUUUACACACAAAUGACACAAAACACCUUCAUAUAUGAAUUAUGUGCUGACCACUUUUUUUAGUGUCCAACCAAGGGAACAUUAGCCUAAGAAAUUCUCUGUAAACAGCUGCAAACCAGUCUUUCAUGCCAAGUCAGCUGGUUUUAAAAUUCUCCACCACCAUCGCAACGAGCAUUCCCAGCACAGAAUACAGCACUGCAGAGUUAGAUACUUCUCCAUACAGUGGCAUAAUACCAAGAUGAUGAGAGGUUGAAAGCUGCUGUCAAGAGACCUAGCAAAAUUUAAGUUUUAGGAUACCUCUUAUGAUGCCUUUUACAAGUGCAACUGCAUCCCCGUUGGGAACCUGCUAACCGCAGCCCAGAUCGAGCAACCAUCUCUACAUGGAAUACGUUCAAUACACAUUAAGAUGAUACCAACCUACUGGAGUUUUACUCAUCUGCCUGCUGUACUGUUCCUUUCUCGGAGACAUAGAUACCAUCCAAGAAUUUCCUGAUAUCCUUGUUCUUGACCGUAGUGGCUUGCUGGAUCAAGGCAGC